AGCUAAAUAAACCUGCAACUAUAACUUUGUCUCUUGUCUCAGAGUCCUCCCUCGGUCACUAUCUCUCUACCAUUUACUCCCAAACCAGGAUACUAGAAUACUACUACUGCCGUGACAAAUCUCCUUGAGACUUUUCUCCUUGAUAUGGAUCUAAAGGAUUUUUGCCUGAGUGAAAACGUCAAUUUUCUCAGCCAGCACAACCACCUGUUGUCCUCCUCAAACACCGACGACGCUCCUUCACCAGAUGAUACAUGUAUCAAGACGGAUCCCCCCAGCCCUAACUUCGCCCUGGACAGCACCACGCCAUUCAGUCCCAGCUCGGAUAGCAGUGGAUACAGCUUAUUCUCACAGGGUCACUCGAUGGACCCGGAAUCCCCGAGUUCGAGCAGCAGCUGCAGCGUUGUCAGCGCAGCACCGGACACUAGCGGCGCAGCUAAGUUUUGGUCAGAGCGCAGUUUGGCGCGCUCGGCGCACGUUGACUCCAUCCUCAAAUGUGACUACCUAUCGUCGCUGCGCUCUGGACCUAAAAGGCUGUGCCUAGUUUGUAGCGACUUUGCGUCAGGAUAUCACUACGGAGUAGCGUCGUGUGAGGCAUGCAAGGCUUUCUUCAAGAGGACAAUUCAAGGUAACAUUGACUACAGCUGCCCUGUGAUGAACGAUUGUGAGAUCACCAAGCGUCGUAGGAAGUCGUGCCAAGCGUGCCGCUUCCAGAAGUGCCUGCGUGCCGGCAUGAUGAAGGAAGGCGUUCGCAUGGACCGAGUAAGAGGAGGACGUCAGAAGUACAAGAGAAGGGGGGACUCUGGCCUCUCUCUUUAUAUGAAGGCCCCAGACACACACCCCGUCAAGUCCAACGGAAACAAAGUGAUCUCCCAGCUCCUCUUGACAGAGCCAGCCCCCCUGUGUGCCACACCUGACAACUCAACCAAUGACGACAACCUUAAAGCCCUGCUGACGCUGUGUGACCUACUAAACAGGGAACUCCUGGUCAUGAUUGGCUGGGCAAAGCAUAUCCCAGGCUUCUCUGCCCUUUCAUUGGUGGACCAGAUGGCCCUGCUGCAGAGUGGUUGGAUGGAGACACUGGUCUUGUCAGUGGUGUCUCAGUCUCUGGGCUAUGGGGAGGAGCUGGUGUUUGCUGGGAACCUGCGUCUGGACCAGGCCCAGUGCAGAGCGGCCGGACUCUCUGACCUCUACACCGCCCUGAGACAGCUGACCACCAAGUACCAGCAGAUGAACCUGAGCCAAGAGGAGGUGGUCACUCUCAAGGCUAUGGCCCUCGCCAACUCAGAUGCAGAGAACCUGGAGAAUGCGGAGGCAGUGCAGCGUUUCCAGGACGGGCUCCAUGAGGCCCUGCAGGAGUAUGAGAGCUCCCAGCACCCAGCGGAGCUCCACCGGGCAGGCAAGCUUCUCAUGACCCUUCCCCUGCUCCGGCAGACUGCCAACCGCGCCGUGGACAACUUCUGCAGACUCCACCUGGAGGGCCGCGUGCCCAUGCACAAACUCUUCCUGGAGAUGCUGGACGCCAAAAUAUGACUGUUCUACACCUAACCUCCCAUUGGCCCCUACAAACCUUAACCAGGUGCCCCAUUGUUGAGGGGUCAGAAGUUCAGGGCUUGGUGGUUCGCAGUUUUAUGACAAGUCAUGGUGUCAUUGAACAAGACUGACAUAAGAAUUGCGUACAAUAGAACAACUUAUACAAGUGAUAGAUCUCAUUUCUUAUUAGGGUAAAAGUCAAGGGCUCUAUUCAAUCCGUAUCACGGAAGUUCAACGUUAAAGUGUGAUUGAAAUUUAAAGGCAAUGUUCCCACGUUAGCGGAGACUGCGUUCACUGUAAUCACUUGUCUAUGUCCGCUCAAUCGGAAAUUACCUUUACAAUGCUAUCGUGCAAUCUAUAACGCUUCAGCGAUAAAGACUGAAUAGAGUCCCAAGUCUAGUAUAUUUUUUAGGUACUUUUUCAGAGGAGAGUAUGUACAAAUGUUUUUUUUAUAUAUAUACACACAUCUAUCUCUCAUGGCGAUUUUCGAGCCAUGAUAUUCAGUCAAUAUGAAAGAAUGUUACUCAUGUGAAAACAUAAUAGCACUGUGGUUAUUGACGCUGCAUUCUGGUAGCUAGAGAUCACAUAGCCAAAUGCCUCCAAGCAGUUAGCCAGGCUGAACCAAACUAUUAGUACUGCUAUCAUUACAAACAGCACAUUCUUCUGACUUCCCUGCCUUAUAAUGUACUAAGGUGCGACACCAUUUUGUAUUUUAUUUAUGUAUUUAUUACAUGAUCGCUGUACAAAGACAUGAACUGCUUUCAUACUAGUAUGUAUGCUUUUGAAUAAAAUGCUUUUGGAAUUAAA